UGAACUUACACAACUUAUUGUAGAGAGAUUGUAAAAGAGAGAAGACUUCCACACUGACCCUCACACAUCAGGACAACCCGAUUCAUACCAACAGGACACUGUCCCCAUGGCUCAGCGCGUGACCUCUGAUUGUCUUGUGCUCAUGCUGCCUAUAGUGCUGCUGGGUUUAUUGACUCCGUUUAGCUGGAGCACUGAUGGUCUGGGCCCGGGCUGCCAUCUUUACCCCAUUAAUGUGACUGUCAGAAGUGACAGGAGCGGGACAUGUCAAGGAGCUCGUGUGGUGUACGCCUGUGUGGGUUACUGUGACUCUAGAGCAUUUCCCUCCCGCUACUCUGUCCUGCUGGCAUCUAACUUCACUCGUAACAUCACCUCGGUUUCACACUGCUGCACCAUCAGCAAAGCCGUCAAGGUCAAAGUUCGUGUGGAAUGCCCUGAAGGCCAUCGCCAUGACAACAUCGAGAUACUAACAGCGCAGGCCUGCCGUUGUCAUAUGUGCCACAAGGCUCGUUACUAAGCCAUCAUAGUAACAAGAGUUUGUUACAUCUAUAUAUAUCCUACUCAGAGAGAGAGAGAGAGAGAGAGAGAGCAAAGAAGAAGAUGAAAGCAGAAGAUUAUCAUGCAGAAUGCAGAUUAUACCCAAAAGCACUCCGCUCCUUCAGACAUUCUUACUGAACUUCCAAUACAUAUUUUUUCCUUUUAAAUUGUUUUGACAUUGUUACAUGUUUAUUAUGAUGUGAACAAACAAAAAUGUCAAUAAUGCAAUUAAAAAAUAAAUCAAUAAAAUAAACAAGCCAGACUUCACACAAUUAAUGUACACA